UUAUUUUCCGGGUUGCGGUGGUCUGAUAACAAGGCGCAGAGAGAGGCAGAUUCAGGGGAGGGACGCACGCAGCAGCAGCUCCCGGUCUCACAGCUCACACACAGGGAGAAGACACAGGGCUGACACUAAUGCUGCUGCGCCUCUGAUAAAACAAACAAACAGCCGGGAAAAUAAUCUGAAAUUUGAGGGGGAAACAGCAUUGAGACACUAUGGAGAUGUCAGAGUCAGUCUCACAGCAGGAGCGGCUCCAGGCUAUUGCAGAAAAGAGGAAAAGACAGACAGAAAUUGAGAAUAAGAAAAGACAACUAGAGGAUGACCGACGGCAGCUUCAGCACCUUAAGUCAAAGGCACUUAGGGAAAGAUGGCUGCUGGAUGGUGCACCCUCUGCAGGACAGGAGGAAGACGAGACAACUAAACAGCUGCGGGAGCAUGAGGCCAAAACCAGAGGUCUUGAGGAGACCAUUCUCAGCCUGGAGAGAGAGCUGGAGGAGCUAGAGACAGGUGUGUCUGCAACAUCCACCAAAGAAAACCUUUCAGAUGCAUUUCAGGAAGUCAACACCAAGACAGUAGAAAAAAUGGUGGUGACAGAAUCUGUUAAAGAGGUCAAAGUUCACGUCAGCCCUCGUCUGGAGAAAUCCGGAGGUGUCUCUGACAUGAUGAGAGCAGCAAUGUACUCCGUAGAGAUCACAGUUGAGAAGGACCUGGUGACUGGCGAGACCAAAGUCCUGUCCACUAACACACUGCUCCCCAAAGACCUCUCGCAGCAGGGGGUCAAAGUCUAUGAGGAUGAACAGAAAGUGGUGCAUGAAGUGCGCAGUGUGGACGGCACAGUAACCAAUGGCGUUCACCAGCUGAGCUCCUCAGAGGUAGAUGAGCUCCUCCAUAAAGCUGAUGAGGUGACCAUGGGUGAGAGUAGCAAGACAACGCCACGACUGGAGCGAGGGCAAGCAGAGAAGGAGGAGGAAGUUGAUAAAGAUGUAACCCCAGCUGCAGCUAGCUCUACCCCCAUCAUGGAGAUCACAGGCGUAGAAGCAAAUCCCGCAGCCCCUCAGACGGAAGUGAGCGGAGCAAGUGCGGAGAACCCAGUUACAAUGGUGUUCAUGGGUUACCAGAGCGUAGAGGACGAGGAUGAAACAAAGAAGGUUUUGGGGAUGGAGAGCACGACUGUGAAGGCUGAGGUGGUGCUCAUUGAGGAUGGAGAAAGCAAAACUGCUGGCAGUGACACCAAGCAGGAGCAGGCGCCCCCUAAUGGCAGCCCAGCAGAGGCAGAUAAGGCUGAAGAGGCAGCAAAAGAGUCUGAGCAGCCAGAAGGGGACACUGCUGAGGUCAAGAGCAAGGAGAAACAACCAUGCAAGUGCUGCACCAUCAUGUGAGCCCAAACACACCCUCCCAAACAUGGACUUUACUGAUGAAAUGCAACAACAUGCAAAGAGAACAAUGUCAAGGCAGAGAAUAAACGUUCAGUAUCUUUUGAUAA